AUGGCUUGAUUUUAUGGUGAAAAUUAACCCUGAGUUACUGAUUGGUCUCAUUUCAAGCAGUUGUUUUAAUUUGGAAUGAAGCCAUCUGUGUGUGUUGUGAUCCCACCAGGUAACAGUUGAAAAGGUGCAAAGACAUCUUAAACACUGUGGGGCUGAUCUGAUAGAAGGGACUGGAGCUUGUUUUUGCUCACUGUUUCUUCAGGAGGGAAGGCAUUCACGAAUGAGGCAGAUGCUGUAAGUCAGGUCAUAUGGUCUGAUUCACAUUAACCCUAAAAUGUGAGGCUGAUGUCCUCAAUCAAAGCACCCUCUGUCCCUGUUACCUUUUGGGCACAGUUCAUACAGCCUGUGGUCCUUAUAGAUCUUCAUGAGUCUGAAUGUGUUAAUCUGACUGGCUCGAUCCAGCUGUAACUCCAUAAGUGCUAUCUACCUUCUUGCUUGGGUGCAGUGCUUUUGGCUUCUGAUCCUAAAUAGUGCAUUUUGCUUCAGAAGUAGCCUCCCAGGUUUAGGUCUCCGUCUGAGCUCCGAUGCAGUCAUCAAGCUGCAUAGAUUCCUCCAUUUGUUUUCAACUGCGAGAGCUGUGCAGUUUUGUAAAAGCCCUUUGGGGCUUCUUUGGGUGGAAAAAGGACCCAUGAACCAACUGUUUUGAUUUGUUUUGGGAGGCUUGGCUGACAGAUGUUGGCUCGUCCCUUUGAGGGCUUUCACAUUGCAUAUUCAUUAGUUGACCUUUUUAGCCACUUCCCAUGCAGGAAGGACCCGUAUCUACAUUUUGUUUGCAGUAUGAGGCAUAUCAAGGAUUGCCCAUAUAACUGAAUGUGAUCAUGUACUGGGGUCUAUUAUCUCAAGCUUCGUCUCUCUGAAUUCCUUCUGUAACCCUUCUGUGUUGUUUGCAUCUGCUCUGUGUUGGCCCACAGCUCCCUGGUGUCUCUAGCAAUUACUGUUUUCCAAGGUAGAAUCACCAGGGUAUGCAGUGGGGAGAAAUGACAGUCUAAAUUAAGAGGCUCACACAGACUUGGAAGAUGAUCAUUUGUCUGUAACAAAACUCCUCAUUAGAAUACUGUUAAUUUCCUUUCUGUGACAAUUAUAGCACAGCACUGGCUCUUAUGUGCAAUGUGCAGAGAUAUUUCCCUGGGGAAGAAAAAAAAAAAGAAGACAAAAAAAAAAAAAAACAACCAAAAAACCCAAAGCAUUCAUUGGCACUAGAAUGAAACAUUCCUUACAGAAGAAAAAUGAACUUAUAAUUUCAAAGCAGUUUUCCAAUUUAAUGGGAAGUUGGUGUUAAGGUAAGGCUUUUGCAGCUCUCCCUGUUGUUUACUGCGUUUAUGUUAGAUCUCAUGGUUAGUGUUUUCCUGCUAGCUCCUGGAAUAGAGGGCUCUUGACACGGCAGUCCCAGCUGCAUGGAACCUGUUACCCCUGAAAUACAUCUCAUUUAUUCUCUUUACUUCUAAAACUCUCCUCCUUCCUCCCUAAAGACAUCUUUAAAUGAUUGCUGCUUCUUUCUGCUGGCAUAGUGCAUUUUUUUUCCCAUCCAUCUGUUUUGGAGUUUUGAUGAGGUUUAAGUUUUUAAUCAAAAAGAGAUUGUCUUUAUAAUAGCUGUUCAUGGCCUGGAAUAUUUUGGCAGGGAUGGUGUUUUACGAGGGCUGGUGCUUCUCAAGUGCUGGGUUUGGUGGCCUGCCCUUAGAUUUUGGAGGAGCAGAUUGGAGGGGCUCUGGACAGCUGCCCAGCAGCAUCAGCCCAGCUGGGCCCUUGCCUUCUGCAGGGUUGUGCUCCUCCCUGCUGCGUGGUUUGGGUGCCGUGGCUCACAGCUGAGCACCCAGGCCUGCUGGGUUUCCCAUCACAGCGUGGGACUAAUUUGACCUAGAUCAAAAGUGAUACACAGCAUGGAGAUUUUGGCAGCUGUGGACAGAAGAGGGAAUCUCUGCUGUGUGCUGCUGCUGGAUGGAAGAUCCUAUUGCAGCUCUAGAGCUCUUCCCCUGCUGUGGCUGCCGGCUCAGAAGCGGAAGAAAUCGAGGUGCUCGACUCCGAGGAUGUCCUACCUAUGGCCGCAGAGGAUAGAGCUAGCCGUUCCUGCAGGCAGGCACUAAAGGGAGAGGAAGGCAGCUGGGAUGGAGUGCAAAUCAGGAAGCAGGCUGAACUGUUUGAUCCUGACAACACCGGCUAUAUCAGCACGGAGAAGUUUCGUUCCCUUCUCCAGAGACACGGCUCAGAGCUGGACCCCCACAAGCUGGAGGUCCUCUUGGCCCUGGCAGACAGCAACUCAGAGGGGCGGAUCUGCUACCAGGACUUCGUCAACCUGAUGAGCAACAAAAGGUCGAAUAGUUUCCGCCAAGCCAUCCUUCAGGGCAACAGGAGGCUGUGCAGCAAGGCGCUGCUGGAGGAAACCGGGCUGAGCCUGUCACAGAGGCUGAUCCGACACGUCGCAUAUGAGACCCUGCCACGAGAGAUAGACCGCAAGUGGUACUACGACAGCUAUACCUGCUGCCCUCCACCCUGGUUCAUGAUUACCAUCACCAUCGUAGAGGUUGCCUUUUUUCUUUACAAUGGAGUGGUGCUAGACAGAUUUGUGCUGCAAGUCACCCAUCCCUUAUACCUGAAAAAUGCAUUACUUUACCAUCCUCAACUCCGUGCUCAGGCUUGGAGGUACCUAACCUACAUAUUCAUGCACGCAGGGAUAGAACACCUUGGUCUCAAUGUUGUCCUUCAGCUCUUGGUUGGGGUUCCCCUGGAAAUGGUGCAUGGAGCUGCGAGGAUCAGCUUUGUGUACGUUGCUGGAGUCGUGGCAGGGUCGCUGGCGGUGUCAGUGGCUGAUAUGACUGCACCUGUGGUUGGCUCCUCUGGAGGCGUGUAUGCCCUCGUCUCGGCUCACUUGGCCAAUAUAGUCAUGAAUUGGUCUGGAAUGAAGUGCCAAUUCAAACUGCUACGCAUGGCUGUUGCCUUGAUCUGUAUGAGCUUUGAAUUUGGAAGAGCUGUGUGGCUGCGAUUCCACCCCUCUGCCUACCCUCCAUGCCCACAUCCAAGCUUCAUGGCUCACCUGGGAGGGGUGAUGGUUGGGAUCACCCUCGGUGUCAUUAUCUUGAGGAACUAUGAGCAGAGACUUCAAGAUCAGACUUUAUGGUGGAUCUUCCUUUCUAUUUAUCUAAUCUUUGUGUUGUUUGCCAUCUUCUGGAACAUUUUUGCCUACAGCCUGUUGGAUUUGAAGCUACCUCCCCCUCCUUGAAUGCACAGGACAGGAGACUCUGGAGAGCAGAAGCGGUCUGCCAGCUGCAUUAUACGAGAGAAGAUGGAGGUUCUAUUUUUAUAUUUAACUUAGGGGAGGAUGAUUAUUUUGAACACAACCGUGUGUGGAAGAAGAUGCUUAAAGAUCUCACAAGUGAACGGACUGAUCAGUUUGUUAUUAAAUCUAGCAGGUACUGUAAUGCUGGCUGGCCUGGGCCCUGCAGUUUCUUCACUGCUAGGGCUUCCAUUGGGCACCUUGAACUUGGACAUUUAUCACAUGGUUUGUUAGCACACAUCAAUAUUCUGUAUGGGAUAUUUGCAUUUUCCUGGUCAGUGCUGGAAUUACAGCCAAUUGUUGAAUGAAUCUCCUCAAUAUUACUAAACACAAGAUGGAAAAAGAGCAGUCAGUUACUAACUAGAGACUUGCAUGACACUCCCAAGGCAGACUGGGUUUGGUUUCUACAGAUACAUUUGACUGUUCAGCCAUACCAGUGCCACUGUCUAAUUACUUGAAUGGUUCCUUAAAACUUUAAGCCUUUGGUGGAACUUGUUUUAUGCACCUUUGAAAGGGAUCAGCAGAACUUUGUCACCCAAAGUGAUGGAGACUGGUCUUUCAACUACAGGUCAAAUGAAAUUGCACUAUAAACCUUGGAAAUUCUUUAGAGUGAUGUGGAUACUGGGCUAGAGGUGAAUUUACCACGCAUGAUUUACUUGAUUUAUACUUUUUUUCCCAGCCUGUUGUGGCUACAGCUUGUGGCUGGGGUUUCUUUUUGAGAGAUGGAGGAAAGGAAGGCAAGUGUUCAGUUUUGAUUUUGUCAGUUGACAAUGGGGUUUUCUUCUCACUUUAUUUGGGGCUGUGUUGAUUUAAUGCCUGGCCUGCAGUGAUAUCUAAGCAGGGAUCUCAACUCUUCCAACAGGCUCCAGCUUUAGAGCCAUCCAGUCUGUUUGAAGCCAACUUUGUCCACUGAAGGUAGUGGGGUUAAAUCAGGGUGUGUAUCUGGCUUCCUCCUGAAGUGGAAAGAAGCGUUACAGUGAACGUUGUGAAGUUCAUAAAACUGGUUUUCAAAUGGCUGCUAAAAUCUGAGGAUGGCAAGUCUUUCUGAGGCAAUGGAAGUUCAGAGAAAGCAACAGUCAGUUGCACUGAUGCCUUUUUGCUUAGCAUAGGUCAAACCCAGAUUUUAGUAAUCUGGUUUGAAACACAGUCCAUACAGCCACACGAUGCGUGCUGCCUGAGUGAACCUGGGGGACCAGACUGCAAUGUCUGCAGAGUGUGUGUCUGUGUAAGGUGCAUAUUCAGUUUUGCUUCUCACUUUGGAGAGCUGCCAAACUACAGUUGAGGAACUUGGAUGCCUUUCUUUUCUCUCCCCUUUGCCCACCUGGUUUGGUACCUUGUAUAAAGCAGAAAUGGGAGCCUUUGUAGACGAGCUCCUUUUUUCCUUUUUCUUUGCAGCUUGGUGCCCAGCCACCACCAGCUUUCUGUGGCACAUCUUGUGGGCAGAGCAGCAGCUGGGUUUUCUCUGUGGCUAAGUGUUUUUGUAUCGUAGGCUUUAUUCUCUCAGUUGUGUAAUUGGUACUGCCAGAUGAAACCACAAACUGGUGGGAGCCUGUGUUUCUAGAGGGGACGUUCCCAAGAAAUCAUCAACUGUAGUUCCCUUAUUUGCCUUUAUAGGAGAAAUCUCUCCAGAAGGUAGAAGUUCUGCUCCUGUGGUAUCUGCUAGUAAAAAUCCUGUUGCCUCAGGGAAAGAGAAGGGGGAGAAGGAAAAGUGUCUCUACAGCUGGGAAUAAGCGUUAUGUGCAAAAGAACCAAGUUUUGCUGUUUGUGCACAGAAAUGGAAUCUCAGAGGGCACCUUUCUGCAUGACUGGCAUGUUUGUGGCCCUGAGAUCGAGGGACAAGGGUCAGAGCUCUAUUCUGUCUGAAGAAAUGGGCUCAUUCCCUGUGCUAUUUCAUCUCAGCAGAUUGGGUCCAGGUCAGAGCGGUCACAAAACUUUAUGUGCAUUGCUUCAGGUCAGGAGCUGGUCAGCGAGUUCCAUGCUGAUGGAGAUUGUCUCCCUGGAGAGCCAUAGACAAGCAGGAGGGGGGAACUAGAAUGCAGAGAAAAGCAUGGCUAAUGCCAUUCUUUCUUCACCAAUUGUUAAGCCUUUCUGAAUACAGAUGCCUUUAAACCAGAGGUGAGCAGGAAAUGGGAAUUGCCAGAUAGGAGCUGCACAGAGCAGUCUAGCUGUCCUUCCUUGGUCCUUCAUCCAUAAAUGAACAUAGUGAACACAAAGUAAUUUUUUCCAAAAAACCUCUCACUGAACUUGUGAGUUGUUCAUCUUUCCAGCUUCCAUUCCUGUGUUCCCAUCUGCUGUCUGAGCAAAUCUGAAGCAGCCCUGGGGAUCAGAGAGGUCAGACUCGAGCAGUACUGGAUUUUUGCAAGUGAAGAAAUGAAAGCCUCUUUCAUUCCUGCUCAGCAGAGCUGAAAUAUCUCCCCAUGUAUAGAGCAGAUCGUAUGCAUAGCCUGUUCUCUAUUAAGAAUAUCAGCUUAUGGAGUCAGGAGCAUUGUGAAGUGCUGAAGUUUUUUAUAAUUAUGUUUAUAUCACUGAAAGUAUACUGUGAAAACCUGUUAUAUUUUUACAGAGUAUCAGGAAAGCCAGUUAACAAUGUUUUUUAAUGCACCCAGAAGUGCCACAGCGCUGCAGUGCCAGAGAGCUAACAGCAAACAGGCUUUGCUUUUACCUCCAGAUGUCCUUGAUGCUGCUGGCUUAUGGCAGAGCUUUGCUAUUCUCCAUCCUGCUCACUUGUGGUUCCAGCUGAUCAGUGGCAGUGUGUUCCUGAAGGAACCAUCCGCUGACGACUGGUUUUGGUGGUCGCUUCGGUUUUAGUCCAGAUGCUGCCAAGAUUUUACGUUGCUCAGAUAAAAAGAUAAAAAGUGAAUCUUUUGUGUGAAUGUGCAGCUCCAGAACGGCAGACAAGGACUGUUAGCAGUGCACAGAGUCGAGAUAACGCAUGUUGGAGGAGUUUAUUUCAUGCCCGCGUCCUUGAGUGAGGACACAGCGCAGGCCAAGCAGCCGUUCCGUGUGGGAUUGCCGGUCAGGCAGCACCGCAGGGCGGCUCUGCAGCUCCUUCGGGGACACCUGCCGGCCGCGCCGACACAGCGCAGAGCCACGCUGAGCCCUCGGCUCGGCCCAUCCGAGCUGGGAGCAGCAGCUCGGACAGCUCUGGCAAUGGUGGAAGACAAACUGGGAGAGCAAAGUCCACGCGGCUUGCAGACUGCGCCUGUUAUUCCUCGAUUCUUGGAUGCAGGUGGAGAUUAAUUUUGCACACAUCAGUAAUAACAGGAGGAGGAAGGAGAGGAUGGGUGGGAGCGGUGCUUACCGGGAACCAUCGCUGACUGAGGUAGAGAGGAGUAAAAAUGCUGAUGAAUUCACUUUUGCUAAGUUUCUAAGCCAACACCUUUCUUUUUUUCCCCCAUUAGUCAGUGGGGCAGCUUGGCACUUCUGUGGCACAUUGUGUUUCUACACUGCUUGCUCUUUCAGCAGAAGGAAGUAUCUUGUCAGUGGGGACAGGGGAGGGUGGAGAACUUAUUGCCUGAAGCUGCUGGACUAGACAUAGAGCUUAAGGAUUCCGUGUCCCAAGACCUUGCUUCUGCUGCAUUACACUGCCCUUGUUCUUUAAGUCAAUUAUAUAGCUUCAUUUUGAACCGGGUGUGAAGGAUGGAGUCUGUCACAUUUAGAGCUGAUACAAAAAUAACAGCUAUCUGCUGGCCUUAUGUAGCUGCUGCUGUUUUGUGCCAACAUUUAGGCUUACAGGAUCACAGAGGGUCUUCACACAUCAGUGAGUAAAGAAAACUUGAGUCUGUGUAACUGCACAGAGUUUAAGUUCCGCGUUGGAAACCCCACUGACUUUACCUGAGGUGGAACUAGAAAACAUGAAUGCAGUUCAACACCAGCAACCUCUGGAGGCGAACCAGGAUCCAGAGAACAGAAACACCUCUGGGAUUGUAGCCUCUCCAAAUAUCACUGCUGUUCUGUUUCCUUUAUAGCAGGGGCUGCUUCCCACUGCUCUGUACUGUGACUCAAAACAUUCCUCCUGCGGUCAGUGAUGCCGAGAGCUGGUUGUAAAGGAAAGCAGUGCAUUUUGCAGCUCUGUAAAGAACUGCACUAAAGACAGAAACCAAGCCCGUUCAAAGGUAAAUGUACUUUUAAUGUCAUCAUUAAUCAACAGCACUUAAUUGGAAAAAAGUUUUCUAAUGAGAUAUUCCUGAAAUGCCAGUAGUAGUAGUAGUUCAGAAAAUUUAUGUUUCAGGGUACUUGACAAUACAGAGCACAAAAUAUUCCCCGGGCCUGAUUCAAGUAGCAACAUCUUUAAUUUCUAAUGAGCUUAAUAGAUAUGUUAGUCACUGUCUCCUGACUCCCUCAGUGUCUCAUUAAUUGGCAAAUAAAGCUAGUUGCUCAGCUUUUCUUUUGCUUACACUACUAACCUAACAACACAUCCAAACGUUAAACACAAAGCACUAAACAAUGUAAUUUUCUGCCUUAAAAUACUGAGCAAAUGAUACUUUCCCGUUAAGGGCUAGUAAAACAAAAUAUUUGCAAGGUAAUACACUAUGGUAUGUUUUCAAAUAUUUUUGUAUUGUGUACAUUCUGUAUAUUUUUGUUGUAACAAUAUUAUUUGAGCGCAGAAUCCAUUAAAUUUUUGUUGGUGGAUUUUUUUUCCCCCUAUGAAAUAGAGCUGUCUUCCAUCACACGCCAAAAAUCAUCCAAGGAAAAUCUUCCACAGUCAGUUUUGUAAGUUUGUCUACAAUUACAGUAUUUAACCAAAGGGCAGUCGGUUGUCAUCUUCUCAUGAUGACAUCGAUGGUUCAUUUUUAUGUUUCGAAAGCUGUCUGAUAAAGGAGAAAGUGAAUCGCUGCUGUAUUUCUCCACAAGUUAAACAAGGACAGACGUGGCUUCUGAGUGGCAUUCAGACACACAUCUUGUCCCACCACGUAACAGCUGAAGCUCCACGGCAGCAGUGAUCUCAGAACUGAGGGGAACGAAGACCAAUUACAUCAGACUGCUUAAAACUUUUCCCUGGGACGGAAGGGCUGCAGAUUAAGCACACAUCUCAGCAUCUUCUAAGCAUGGGUGUGCUUCUUCCUCAGCUUUCCAUAGUUGAUUGCUGGAGACAGUUGUGU